GAAUUAUAAUGAAUUUUGUGCUAAAUCAGCGUAUUUCAGAUGCAUGACCUUUGGGCAUUGACGCUCUUCAUCAACCAGGGUAAAUGUGUGUGUGUAAGCAGAUGGCAGAUGGUGGGGCGAUAGAGGAUACAGACCCCCCACCGGCCACACCCACAGACUGUAUAAAUUGUAUGCUACAGAAGACACAGGUCCGCUAUUGGAGAAAAGGACUAUUUGGCAUGUUGAGGUCUCAUCAGGAACAACGUUCUUUGCGGGCGGAUAUUUCUUUCCUCAUUUCUAAUAUCCGAAACGCUAUCACAACAUAUCAACGAGGAGGGAAUCACUCUGUCAUACCCAUUAACUACGACCUCAAACCAGACAACAUUGACCUUGUGAAUUGGCGACGAGUUUUAGUGGGAAUGACACUUGUUUUAGAGGAACCGGAUACGAAUUUUGAAAUCCGGAGUAUAUCUGUCAGUAUAGGAGAAACUACGGAUUCUCAGUGCUUACAUGGUAUGCUGAUUUUCCUAAAAGCAUUACACGAACUUCCAUUGAACCUUGUACAUUUGGUGCUAAAUAUUGAUCAAACAAAGGGCAGCAUUCUGUUCGAAACACUAACUGACACUUCCAUGAAUUUUCCUAUAUCGUUGAUGUAUGUUCGGCAUAUUCGUGAACUGUAUCAAGCAAACAUGGAGAUAAUGCGAGCAAUAGGAUUUUAUAGACGCUCUGAAGUAGAGGAAAUAACAUGGACGCGACCAGAACGUCGAGACUAUACCAAGUCACUGCUGUAUGUAUUACGUGGACUUCUGAGGGGCCCAUCAGGGGUGCAACCAACCAGUUAACAAUCUUAUCUAACAUUUUUAGGGUAUUUCUUAUAGUAGCAUAUAUAGAUAGAUAUAUUUUUUAUAUUUCCAAAAUUUUCGUCACUUCUAAUCCUUUAAAUUUCAUAAACAUCGACAUUUUUCAAUUGUUGAAAGCUUUUUCAAUUUAACAUGUAAUAUUACGCAAUAUCGUCAGGCUAUUGGUGAUUUUGUGCUGUCUUGAACGAGUACAAGUCAUCGCUUUGUAUCGGAAAUAUGGGACAGUGCCAUACCGAAACCUCCUUCUAGGAUGCCGCAAUAGUGAAAUGCUUUUAUCUGCAGGUUUACCUUUAUCAUAUAACUAGGGAGGACUUCCCUAACACUGUCUUUCGUGCAGGAUUGUGAAAUUAACAAAUAUUCAAUUUUAUGUCAUAACAUCAGCAUACCCUAGUACGACAUGUCCUCCGUCAUGUAAAACAACGAUGCCAUUUUACAGCAAACAGAAGUUUUUCAGUCAGGAUUUGUUCUGACAUUGCUAGUCAUCAAAGGGCAGCAAAAUAUUGAUAUAUAGUUAUACAUUAUACAUUUUAUUGAAAGAAAUGCAUACAUUAUCAAGACGUCUAUUGAGCUUGCAUGUGCAUUGCGUGUUCUUUUGAAUGCCUCGAGGCCAGAUAGAUGUUCAGCAAUUUAUAUUCUUAUUAAAUCUGUCAGUAAAAUCCAUACAAGAAGAUCAAGAUGAUAUAUUAAAGGCACGUGUGUUUUAAUCGUGAGUGUAAAUGAGUUAACAUGAAGUAAAUUAUUUGGAAUGUUAAAAAAACAAAAACAAAAACAAAAAAAAACAGUUCAGUAAAGAUGUUUAUUUACCUCUUCCUAAAUUGCUACCUUAUUGUCUUUAACAUCUCAAAUGACGUUUCAUUUCAUAUGGAAUUUCAUGAUUCCUAGAAGUUAAAUUUAAUGUGAAAUAAAAACAUAUUGAAGGUACUUUUUAUCACAUAAGACAUUGUUCAGAAUACGCUCGUGGUGUAUGCGCAAAAACACUACAUGGAUAACAGCGGCUGAUGUGAUGAAAUAUUUCAUUACAAUUCUUAGAAAAUUUAAUGCCAAAUGAUCGAUUCUCGAUGCAAUGUACUAAUUAGAUUGAAGCAAUCUAAUACGUAUUUAUUUAUUAAAUUAUUUCAAAAAUUCAGAGCAGACACAAAAAAGCAAAAAUGAUUGUUAGCAAAUCAGGUAUUGCUACAGACCAAGAAGAGAGUGAACUGGUUCGGGAUCAAUAUCACAUGUAUUUGAUUCCAAUAUGGAAACUGUUAAUUUAGAUAAGUUAUGAUCGAAACCAUUACAUUCUAUUUACUCAUGUACAUUAAUACGUGGUAAGGAUAUCUGCGGUAUGUAAAGAGGUCUUAAAGAAUAAUGGUCUUUAGCUCACAGUAGCUUAGUUCCACAUCAUUUUUAUUAGAAUAUUGUUAAUAUAAAUAUUGAUAUUUAUUAUAUGGCUGUGACUAUAAUACACUUAUACACUGAAAAUAAUGACAUUCCUGAAAAUCUCUACAAAGCAACCACUGCCUUUUAGCAUUUUUCAGAUUGUAUUGUAAAUGUACACCUGUUAACGAUGAGAAAAUAUUUAUAGAAAUGACAGUAUAUAUGCUAUAUUAUGACGUAUAAAUGGUUUGGUAUCACCAGCAUUGACAUAAAUGAUCACGAAUGCUACAUAUCUUUUUCGUCGACAUUAACCAUGUAAAAUAUAACUUAAUUAAGUUAUGACAAAUUUUCUACGAGCACACCUAAAAUACAUAUGUUUAUUGUUAAUUUACCUACAUCAUUAUACAAAACGUAUUUUUAUACAGUAUAUGGAUAAAAUUUCUCAUAUCAUAAUGAUUUCUUCAACCAAACCCACCUAUAACACGACGACACAUCUGACUGUUCAUUAUUCAGGAUCCUUAUUUCACUUCCUUAGUAUCUAUGGCGCCAGUCCCGUGGAAGCGGGAACCGCAAGGUCGUUUAAACCAGAAGUGAGUUAAUAGCAGUGUUCGUCGGUAACUAUAUAAAUAAUCCUAUCAUAGAUAAUACUGUAUCAUUUUAAAUAAACACUAAAUACGUCCAUGUAUAAGUUUUAGAUAAGUAGUAGCAUAACCUUCUGCAUAUAAAUGGUAUAAACGUUUUUCAUGAUUGUUUCCCCGAGUGUGCAUAUGAAAUUUGCGGUAUGCACCUUAAUGUAAUGAUGCGUUGUCCGAUUGUGUAAUUUAUGUAUGAGGAAAGUGUAUUAAUAUUAUGAAAUA